AUCUUUACAAGGUAAUAAUCGAUCGUCGAAUAGUUCUCAUCAUUUAAUACCGAUUAUCGGAGGCAUCCGUGGUGCUAUUCUAGUAGUCGCACUCAUAUCAUCAAUAUUUCAUAAUCAUUUUCCGAAGAAAAAAGGAGAAACAAAAAUUCAUGAAACAAUGAGCAAAGAUGAUACUAGCAAGCUUAAGUGGAUUUCGUCGUUGGAUUAUUCUGGAUCUAAUGCAACUACCGCUAGUGUGAUUUCUUCUCUGCAGUCCGAUCUUUGUCGACUUCUCUCAUUUGCGCAAGGUAGGGUUGCUACGAACGAUUUCGACGACGAUUUGAUCAUAGGAACCAGUGGGUUCGGUAAAGUUUACAAGGGUUCAAUAGAUGAUGGAGCCACUAUUGUGGCCAUAAAACGUCUUACGACAACAUCGAAGCAAGGCGCUCGCGAGUUUGAAACAGAAAUCGAGAUGCUAUCGAGACUACGUCACGUACAUUUGGUGUCCUUAAUAGGAUAUUGUGACAAACACGGUGAAAUGAUCAUAGUUUACGAGUAUAUGCCACGUGGCACUCUUCGAGAUCACUUGUUGUACAAGAAUCCCGAGAGAAGCGAGAACCAUACACCAUUGUCGUGGAAGCAACAACUUAUAAUUUGUCUUGGAUCAGCUCGCGGUUUGCACUAUCUUCACGCGGGUGCUAAACAAUUGAUUAUUUAUCGAGAUGUCAAGUCUACGAAUAUUCUUCUUGAUGAUAAGUGGACGGCCAAAGUCUCAGACUUUGGCUUUUCAAAGGUAGGACCCACUCCUGGUGAUAUGGGUCCUACCCAUGUUAGUACCGCUGUUAAAGGUAGUGUUGGAUAUUUAGAUCCAGAGUACUAUCGACGUCAACAAUUGACAGAGAAAUCAGAUGUAUACUCCUUCGGAGUUUUGUUGUUCGAGGUUUUAUGUGCUCGAUUUGCGAUGAACCCUAAUCUACCCAAGCAACAAGUGAACUUAGCAGUGUGGGCUCGUUAAAACUACAAAAAUAAAACCCUCCACACAAUUGUCGAUCCAAAUGUAACAGGGCAAAUUGCACCCGAAUGUCUAAGAAAAUUUGGAGAAGUGGCAGAAAUGUGU